AUGGAUAGUCCAAACAAUUCACCUUUACGAGCAACUGAAGAACGUGCUUCCUGCAUCCAUACUAUCAUCUACAUUAUAUAUCAGCUUUUUUUUUUUUUUUUUUUUUUUUUUUUAGCAAACAAUGAUGUAGUUGCUUUAGACUGGAUCGAAAAUGAAUAUUGCCAAACAGGCAGAUGUAGAUGGGAUGGUGACGUUAUGAAAGUAAAUAGCAAAAAAAUAUCCACAGUUUUCAUCAAGUUCUCUGGUGGAACUAAAUGUUUAUGUUUAAUUGAUUUAGACAACUGCAUAUAUUUUGAGGAACUAUUUGUCUUCAAACAGAACUAUUUUAGAAAGAUUCAUGUGUCUUUCCAUUGCCCAAGCAUGCCAAGAUUACUUAUCAAACACAUCAAACAAAUCAGUAAAAUGCUACAAUGGAAAGAAGCUGUAAUCAACCAGACGUUGCAAUUCCAAGAUUAAUUAGCACUUACUAGAAAAUUGCUAUUGAUAUUCUCUUUUCUUGUUUCUUCUUUUUUUUUUCAAGGCAUCCCACAACAUCAUUCUCCC